CAGAAACAGCUAGAGAAGAUUUUCUGUCUGCAAAGAUUUUCAAAGAAUAAAUGCAUUUUUACCAUAUAUUCAAUACAGUCCGACUCCAGCACCAGAACCCCUGAACCAGUUGUGACAUUCACAACUUUGGAAGAUGUACUUUUGCCCAUCACAAAGAUGCACUAAAAGGAUCACACGAAAACUGGUGAAGCUGUGAAUUGUGUUCCGUGUGGGAAAAUACGGAUUAAAUCUUCUCUGAUUCCCAUUUGUGGGAACCGGCGAACGAUGGAGGAUUCAACUCUCACAUCUUACCCCUCUUCCUGGAGCUUAACGUCACGCUCCCCCUUAAUCAAGAAACGGUUGUCUCGCUCCGAUUCUGGUGGUUCACUUCCGGACAAUAUACUAGAUAAAAGGGACGCCAAAGGUCGAACGACAUUUUUCAAUGCCACAAAAGUUGGGGAUUUAGACGAGGCGAAACGACUGUUAAAUGCUGGGUCAGAUGUCAACAAGGGGGACAUCUAUAGAGUUACACCCCUCCAUGAGGCUGUGGAAAGGUCAAACUUGGAGGUUGUCGAAUUCCUUGUGUCAAAAGGAUGUGACCUGAAUGCCAAGACGAUUCUAGGACAAACCCCGUUAAUGAGAGCUGUUCUGUAUGACGAUGUCGACCUCGUUAGAUACCUUCAUAAAGCAGGUGCUCGGUUGGAUGAGAGGGAUUGUACAGGUAAAACAGCUCUUCUUAUUGGAAUCCAAGAAGGACGAACGGAAGCAUGCAGGUAUCUAAUGAAAAACGGAUGUGACGUAAACAUACAAGAUCGACUGGGACACACGGCCAUGAUGAUGGCUCUAAGAGGAGGCAAAACACCGAACUUUUACAUAGGCCGCAAACUUGUGAAAUUUGGAUACGACCUCAAGAAAGAUGAGAAAUGGAUGACACAAGAAGAACUAGAGGCAGUUAAUGUAAAACCAAACGUAGUGGACAAAAUCUGCUCUAAAUUGGGGAUAUCACUAAAAAGAAGUCCCUCCAGUGCUAGUAAAAAAGACAAAAACGAGAGCUAAAUAGGCUGUAAUACACCAGGUCAUAAACAAAACGAGACCUAUUCAGACUGUAUACGUCAGAUCUUGUACAAAAAAGAGAGCUUAUCAGACUUAACAAUCGCUUAUGAGAAGAAUGUGCACAAACAGAUAUUUAUGCUUUCAUGCAGGGAUUCAAGAUCAUACACAAUCACACACUUAACUUGUUUCAAUGACCAUGAACAACAAUUUCGUUCUUUUCAUUUCAACUGCAGCUGGGUGAGAAAAUCAAACACUGAUGCCUGUAAUGAUUUAUGUGCUGUUUUUAAAUGAAAAGAA